ACCUUCAUAAAGCUUAUAUUUAAUUUUCAGAAUGUGUGGUUCGAGAUAUACCACAGGUAAGCAAGGGUUCAGGAUCUUCUUUGAAUCCGUAUAAAUUUGAUCUCUUUUCCUUAACUAAUGGUUUUUGGGUCUAUAGUUUUCAUAAAUGUCUUGGUUAAAAUACGCGGCCAUAGCUUUGUGUGCUGUGAGCACAAGAGCAGCUGAAAUCAGUUUGGAUAGAAUCGACAGAGACACUGUAUCCUUAGCCAUUGGUGAUUAUAAAAUCGAUGAAGGCGUAUACUGGUCUAUUAUUGACAACACCUUAACCUCUUUUACAGGUGGGUUUGAAAAUGACGGGUCCUUUUACAUCACCACUGACAAUCGCUUAAUUGGUUUGACGGUAAGCAUCAUCAACUUAUUGAAAACCAUUUCCAACUCCGGUGAUUGGGCAUUCAAUGCAUCUAGGACCUUGACUCCACCAAGUUACACAUUGUCUAGUUUGAACUUCCAAAACACUGGCUCAAUGUGGUUUGGAGGUGAUGGUUCUCUUGGUGUUCCUUUGAUGACAGUUCAAUCACAUACUUGGGAAAAUGAUGGACUUAUUGUAUUCUCCUUGAACAAAAGAUCUACUUCUGGAGAAGUUAUCUUGGGUGCCAGUUUGGAACUUGGAACUGGAACGAUUACAAACGACGGUACUGUCUGUUUGAUCAACCAGGUCUACCACCAGACAACUGCCAUCGAUGGUUCCGGAUGUUUUGAUAUUGGUUCCGACUCCAAUGUGUGGUUAGCAGGAUC